AUGUCCCGCUCGUCGAAAGCGUUCUUCGGCCUCUCUCUCGUUAUCGCCGUCGCGUCGAUCGGCGGUGUUCACCUUUCGCAAUACCAAGAACGUCAAGUAAGUCUCACCGCGCACCUUACCUUACUCUCAGCCCACCCCCCUCUCUUCAAACCAACCACCCACCUCUCAGUCGACACCAACUCAAACCUCUCAUUCUCUCUUUCGUUUUUCGCUUCACGCGAAAAUGAUAGACCAUGUUCGCCGGUGUGUUGCGAGACGAUGCCCGACUCGCCGCGAAACGUCAAGCCCGUCAAGCCGAAUUCGAAGAACAACGACGCAAGCAAGCUUAUCUCGAGACCGUACAAACCCUACCUUCAUCGAGUUCUACGAGUACUGGGGUAGGGGUAGGGGUAGGGGAAGGAAGGGGGGUGAGAGUUAUGAGUAGGGAGGAAGCGGAGGGAGUGGAUUGGGCUUGUAAGGAAUGUGAGAGGCGUUGA